CAUUUUAUUGUUUUGACUUCAUAUUAUUCCUUUUGACAUUUUUCAUUUCUUCGCGCGCGCAAGGAGUGCAAUAUUAUUCUUAUUGCAAUGAGAUAUAUACGUUACUGAAACUAAACUACUGCGCAUGCGCGAAUUUGUCCCACGAUUCACGAUCUUUCCAUACUGUUACCGGCCCUUCGCUUUUCUAAGUUGCAACGUGGUGAUGGUAAUUGUUCCAUAAGCGACGGAAGUCCACUAAAGAACUUUUCUAAAAGGAAGUGUGCACCCUGGAGCACACGUCUUCAGGGAAACCAUGACGACGGAAGAUGCGCAGGUUCAAGGUCGCGUAUUAAACGGCGUUACCGAGGACGAGGAUGUUGUGACACCAUGGAUAGUUACUAGUACCAAUGAUUCUGGAAUUGAUUAUGACAAGUUAAUUAGAAAAUUCGGAAGCUCCAAGAUAGACGAUGAACUGUUAGCUAGAUUCGAAAAUAUUACUGGCAAGAAACCACAUCAUUUUCUCAGAAGAGGCAUAUUCUUUUCUCAUAGGGAUAUGCACACUAUUUUGAAUCUUUACGAACAAGGAAAGCCUUUCUACCUGUACACAGGUAGAGGACCUAGUACCAAUGCAAUGCACCUGGGGCAUCUCAUACCCUUCAUGUUCUGCAAAUGGCUGCAAGAUGUUUUCAAUGUUCCUUUGGUCAUACAGUUGACAGAUGAUGAGAAAGCUAUAUGGAAGAAUAUAAAGAUAGAAGAUGCUAUUACACUGGCCUAUGCCAAUGCAAGGGAUAUUAUCGCUUGUGGCUUCAAACCCGAGAAAACAUUUAUCUUCUCAAACUUAGAACACAUAGGAAAUAAUCCGGUAUUUUAUCAAAACAUGAUCAGGAUACAGAGAAGCGUCACAUUCAAUCAAGUAAAGGGCAUUUUCGGAUUCGGAGAUAGCGAUCCGAUCGCAAAGAUUGCGUUUCCACCGACACAAGCGGCGCCGGCUAUUUCCAGCUCGUUUCCCUUCAUUUUCAAGAAUGCUAAGGUGAACUGUCUGAUACCAUGCGCUAUCGAUCAAGACCCGUAUUUUCGUAUGACGAGGGACGUGGCGCCUAAACUCGGUUUCCCCAAGCCGGCCUUGCUGCACUCGAGCUUCUUCCCGGCGUUACAGGGAUCCAAGACGAAAAUGUCGGCGAGCGACAACAACACGGCGAUAUUUCUCACAGAUACUGCCAAGCAGAUCAAGAACAAAAUCAACAAGCAUGCGUUCUCGGGUGGUCAGGCGACAGUGGAGGAGCACCGACAGCUUGGCGGUAACUGCGAGGUGGACAUAUCUUAUCAGUGGCUGCGAUUUUUCCUGGAGGACGACGAGCGACUAGAACAAAUUAGAAAAGACUACACUAGUGGAAAAAUCUUAACAGGCGAGUUGAAGAAGGAGAUAAUUGAUAUAUUACAGCGUAUUGUUGCCGCGCAUCAAGAAACGAAAAGUAAAAUAACGGACGAGGUGAUCAAACAAUUUAUGAUUCCUAGAGAUCUCGGCUUUGUAUCGAAAAUGAAGUAACACGUACGCGUAAUAUGCACCGAAUUAUGCGAAACAUUUUUUAAACUUAUCCUACAUUGUGGCUAUUUAUUUAUUUAUUGCAAAACGAUUAUUAUAUGCAAAGUAUUAUUACAAACGAUUAUUAUAAAGUACAUUCUAUAAUCUUUCGCGCAUCCUUUUCGCAUUAUAAAAGAUUAAAUAUUAAUUUUUUUUAUCUCAAUCUGCCUUAUUAAAAAAUGAUCUUAUAUUGCUUAGUGUAAAUAUUCUUUUGUAAAAAAAGAUGUACAAAUUUCUUGUGCAAUUUUGAAGUUAUUUUAUAGGAAUGCAAAACAUAUUUGCGACUCCUCACCAACAAUUUUAAAAACACUAAUCUUUCAAUCAGCGCACUGUGAAAUAGCGAAAU